CGAAUUAUGUUUACACCUACAUAUCUCAUACAUAAUAGACACGUUUCAAGUUUCAUUUCAACUUGCAAGGCUGGACCACAUCACUUCAUCGUUGUUCUCAUUUUGUUGUUAUGGCUGCUUCCACUUGAAAGUGCUUUCAGAAGUACCAGUGUAAAUGGGCAAAGCUCAGGGCAUAGCACUCUACAUUACAGUUUGCUGCAUUUUAUUCAUUAUAUCCAAAACCAUUAUUUCAGUCCUCCUUUAUCAGCGAUGGAAAAGAAAACACUUGAUAUCUGAAGAUGGCUUCUCAGGAGGGACAAUGGUUAUGUUUAAGUCUGCAUUGGAGUCUCAAACAUGUGAUGUGUUGUGGAAGAAGACAUUAAAUCUGAGCAACAACGACAUCAUUGGCUCUGGAGGCUAUGGAACUGUUUAUAAAAUGAGCAUUAAUGAAUCCAUGGCCUUUGCUGUGAAAAGACUAAACAGGGGAAGUGCAGAGAGAGAUAAAGGUUUCCAAAGAGAGGUAGAAGCAAUGGGUGAUAUUAAGCAUAGGAAUAUUGUCACUCUCCAUGGAUAUUUGUCUGCUCCUCACUACAAUCUACUUAUUUAUGAGUUUAUGCCAAAUGGAAGUUUAGAUGCAGUUCUACACGGUAGAUCAACGAAGAACAAGGGUUUGGAUUGGCAAAGCAGAUAUAGGAUAGCAUUAGGAGCUGCAAGAGGAAUUUCUUAUCUGCAUCAUGAUUGCAUCCCACAUAUAAUCCACAGAGAUAUCAAAUCCAGUAAUAUAUUGCUAGAUCACAAUAUGGAAGCUCGAGUAUCUGAUUUCGGUUUAGCAACCUUAAUGGAACCUGAUAAGACUCAUGUUUCAACAUUUCCUGCUGGAACUUUCGGAUACUUGGCUCCUGAGUACUUUGACACUGGGAAGGCGACUGCAAAAGGGGAUGUUUACAGCUUUGGAGUUGUUCUGCUAGAGCUUUUGACUGGAAAGAAACCCACAGAUGAAGCAUUCUUUGAGGAAGGAACCAAGCUUGUGACCUGGUUGUGCUAAAGUUGAAGCCUGGAACAGGUAAAGGAAGUUGUUGAAGAUAAUAGAGAAGAGUAUGUACUUGACAGUAGCCUAAAGUGCUGCCCAAGCGAUGAGAUUAACAAUGCCUUCAGAAUUGCAUACUUGUGCCUUGAACCAGAGCCCUCUGUAAGACCUACUAUGGCUGAGAUUGUCAAGAUGCUUGAGCGAGUUAAAUCAGAGAACACUGUAAAUGAUUCUUAAUAUUUGUAAUUAUCAGUAAAAUCAGUUAAUACAUAUUCAUGAACAAACA